AAGGGAUGUUCUGAUUGUUAGCAUCGCCGAUAUGCUUUGCCUCAUCUUUGUUGGUUUUGCCUUCUUUGCUAUUAUUGGACAUGUUGCUUACCUACGUGGGGUUCCAGUCGAAGCUUUCGAAUCAUCAGGCUUCAACCUAGCCUUUAUUGUCUACCCCGAAGUCAUGGCGUAUCUCCCCCUGCCACACGUUUGGUCCGCAAUGACCUUCCUUGCAUUGAUGACCCUUGAAGUGGACUCAAUGUUACCAGGGUUGGAGAUAAUGAUUGCAGCCGUUGAAGACGUAUUUCGUGGACUAGCUAAGCGACGAUGGGUUGUCAUUUGUGUAAUCCUGUUGAGCAACUUCCUCUUUGCCCUUCCCUGCACCACACAGGGUGGAAUCUACAUUGUGACACUGGUCGACUGGUAUACCUACUUCCCUGCCGUAGCUGUAUUUGCAAUGCUGGAAUGUUUUGUUGUGAGUUGGUGUUAUGGUUUAGAUAGACUGAAACGGGAUAUCAUUCUUAUGUGGGGAAAGACAGUCCCCCGAGCCAUGAUGCUGUCUGUCAAAUAUGUGUGUCCAGUUCUGCUGUUGGCCAUCUUCUGCUACUCCAUCUACUCCUACCGGCCCCCUAAGUAUGGAGACUACAUCUACCCUACCUGGGCAACAGGAGUCGGAUGGGUGAUAUCAAGCAUUUCCAUAAUUCAGCUGCCCAUAGUUUUCAUCUGGACCCUGUACCACACGCCUGGUUCUACGCUAAGGGAGUUCUGUUCGGGGGCAGAGAUAACUAUGGAGACGAAUGAGAACUUCAUUGACCCUGCGACCAUUGCCCUGUCCUGGCAAAAGUGGAGGCCACGAGGGUGUAGAGGUCGGACCAAACAAGUGGCCAAGCAGGAACAGAAGAGCAACCGACCUAUCAGCACUGUCAUCAGAGCGCCUGUUCCAGAGAUACUAAGUUCAUCAUCCCUGGAAGCGAGCCUUCAAGAGAGCAAUGUGGCUCUGGAGAGGACUCUAGCAGAGGCAAGGACGGCUACUGUGAAGGUCAGAGUAAGAUUGCCCAGGUUCGAGGACAUAUCAGAGGAUAGGAAGGCAGGCAGGCAGGCGAGUUCGUGA